UUACUAUCGGUUGUUGAUGUUUUCGUAGUCAAAAUAACUUCUGCAGCUUCUCCCACACCCCAUGUGACUCGUGCGUCAUUCCUUCUCUCUCUAUAUGUAGGGCGGAUCACUAUGACUCAGGAUCACAGAGCGAGGAGACUGCAGAGGAGGAAGAACAUAGAAAACCCAACAGAGAAAUAAAAGACAUUUUCAUCUGUACAAUGAGAGAAAUUACGAUGGAAGAAGAACAUCUCAGAUUUGUCAUUACUCGGGAAACGGCCAAACCCAAACCAGAAAUUCUGCAGGAUUUAUCAAGAUAUGGUACCAAGAAACACAUCAGCGAGAGUCUCCUAUAUAUAAUAUUGGCAUUUGCUUUGAUCAACAUUGUAAUUAUUGCUGCGAUGUGGACGGUUUAUUCUGCCAGAGGGAAGUGCGGCGCCUGCCCAGAGGUCUUCCUUGAAGCUCCGUGUGAAGAUGACUGGAUCUGGUACAGAAAGAAAUGUUAUUAUUUCUCCAAGCAAUAUAAUGAGUGGCAAAAGAGCCAGGACUUCUGUGUCUCCCACAAUGCAUCACUCGCCCUUAUCGAUUCCCAGGAAGAGCUGGAGUUUCUUCAACGAUUCAAAGGCUCAUCAGAUCACUGGAUUGGUCUGAAGAGAGAAGAUAAUGGGGGGCUCUGGAUGUGGACAAAUGGAUCAGUAUUUAAUGAAACGUUCCACAUCGAUGGGGUGUCCCCAUGCGUGUUCCUCAAUCGGGAGCGGGUCUCCAGUGCCGCCUGUUACUCCGAUCGAUACUGGAUUUGUAACAAGCCAGACCGGAAAAAUGAAAGAUGACGAUUGGCUGGAGGCUUGGCGCAACUCAAAGAACAACUGGCUAAAGGGGCAACCUUCUUCUCGAGCUUCUGGAUAUCUGGUGAUCGGCUAUGAAGACUUCUUUCAGGAAUAUAUCUGAUGAUCGUGUUUGAAGACUUCUUUCAGGAACAUAUCUGGUGGUCCAGUAAGAAGACUUCAUUCAGGAACAUAGCUGGUGAUCGAGUAUGAAGUCUUCUUUCGGGAACAUAUUUGGUGGUCCAGUAUGAAGACUUCUUUCAGGAACAUAUCUGGUGAUCGAGUAUGAAGACUUAUUUCGGGAACAUAUCUGGUGAUCGAGUAUGAAGACUUCUUUCGGGAACAUAUCUGGUGAUCGAGUAUGAAGACUUCUUUCAGGAACAUAUCUGGUGAUCGAGUAUGAAGACUUCUUUCAG